AUGGAAGAAUCAGAACUUCAGGCUAUUCGUCAAGCUAGAUUACGCGAGUUGCAAGCAGGAACAGCUUCAGGAAGUGAAACCAAGUCUUCGGAGGAUGAAGGCGACAAGAAACGCCAACUUGAAGAAACACGGCAAACAAUGUUGGCCCAAAUUCUUGACAAUGAGGCUAGAGAGAGACUUGCAAGAAUUUCACUGGUAAAAGUUGAUAAAGCUCGUUCAGUUGAAGAUCUAUUAAUUCGCAUGGCACAAACAGGACAAUUACGUGGAAAAGUUAGUGAAUCACAGUUAAUUGAUCUUUUGGAACAAAUUAAUCAACAACAAAAGCCUGAGAAGAAAAUUACGAUAAAAAUGACAACGAUCGAACAACUAUUAACAAAAGCAGAGAGACAAUUAGAAGUGGCCGAAAAGGAGUUAAAAGAAUGUAAGGAGAAAUUAAAAGAGUCGGAGAAUAUGUUACAAGAUGCGUUAGUUGUUGGUUUUAAUAAAGAAAAAGACAACAGAUUAAUCGAAGAAAAGAAGUGGGAGGAACAGGUAAUCAAGUUACAAGAUGCGUUAAUUGUUGAUUUUAAUAAAGAAAAAGAACAAAAACGUAAAACCGAAAAGCUUCCUGAUGGUAUCGAAAGAGAAGGGGAAAGAUUGUCUAUUGAAAAUAGAAAUUUUAAAUUUUUGCGUAUUGGUCAAAAACGAAUACCUCGACCUCCUCCAAUUGUACUCUACCACCCUGUGUUUGCAAAUUUUGUGAAUGAUUGUGAAACAAUUGAUUUGGAAUUUAAUUCUCACAUUAUGGUGACAGAAUUUACUCAUGAAAUGUCAGCGACAUACGAUAAUAGAUCCUACCGACGAGACAAAUUUCGUAAGCUUGUUAAUAAGCAUUUAGGUUUUAUAUUAAAUUUGGGUGUAAUUUCUACAAACAAUGAAGAUUAUUCUACGGAUGGUUGCAUUUUUCAAGGAAACAAUGUGUCUGUGAUUCUUGUGGUCAAUAAUGACGAGGCUGGUAAUACCUUUCGACAAGCUUCAUCACACCUUAGGAUUGCUGGUGCUUUUUAUGAAGAUAGAAAUUACAAUUAUUAUUAUUUAAUUGAAAGUCUAACAGAAAUUUCAUUAGACCGUUUUGAAUCAACUGAACCAAAGAGAACACAAAUAAUUGGAAGGAUUUUGCUUGCUCUUAAGAAAGCUGUUCAAUCAUUAAAAGAAUAUUAUGAUUCUCCCAAUCAGACUGUACCAUCGGAAUUUCCCUAUGUUACUUCAUUUAAGUUGUUUGAUAGUGAAUGUGAAAUACGAUUUAAAUAUGAAAAAAGAUUAACUAAUAAUAAUUUUAUAUAUAUCGUUAAAACAGUGGUUAAUGAUUUCUGUAAUAUCCCGGAAUUUUUAAUUGUAAAGUUUGUUACAAGAUAUGGAUUGGAAAUGCAUCAAAUUUGUGCAAAUAAGGGUAUUGCUCCAAUGAUCUAUGGGUAUGAGAAAAUUAAUUGUGAUUGGAAAAUGGUGAUAAUGGAAUAUCUUUCGGAUUACAAAUCAUUGAAAAAAUUAUCAGCAGAUUACAUAGGUUACACGAAAUUUCCAAAACCUUUGGAACCUCCACUUGAAACAGAUCAAAAAAUGAGGCUUCAGGAGAAAAUCAAUGAUGUAGUUAAAGAGAUUCACAGUGAAGGAUUUGUCCACGGUAAUUUACGGGCGAAAAAUAUUUUUUACAAGAAAGAAGAGGAAAAUAGUAGAGAUGAUAAUAUAAAAGUAAAAAUUGUAGAUUUUGUUUUUGGAGGGAAAGAAAAUGAAACGAAUUAUCCACCAUAUCUCGAUCCUUAUAUUUUAUGGCCUUGUGGUGUUAGCAUUAACAACCCAAUUAAAAAAAUACAUGACGAAGAACUCCUUCAGUCAACAAUUGAACAUUGUUUGAAAGUGUGA